CUCACCGCAUCCCUUAGGAGGGAAAGUUAAUUCAAGGUCGUUGGCCCCAACGGUAGUCAUAUAGCAUUUCGUAAAGUUGAUUUUAGGAGAGCUUAGAGACGUUGUCGUUGACAAUUUUUUGUGAAUAUAAAUUCUUCAACGAGUGAAUAAGCAGCUGAAACUGCUCACUAACGUCGUUAAGGAAUAUAAUAAUAUAUGAUGUUAUCUAGAUAGUAUAAUACUCAUAUUAUCUGUCUAUAUGUGUGUAAAGUCAUAAGAUGGAUUCUGAGAAAUACUAUUUCUCUAAAAUCGAACUUUAUGAUCCAAAUGAAAUUACAAACUAUGGAAUACAAAAACAAUUCCAACGAAAGAAGAGGAGAAAACUGGCAAAACUCGAGAGAGAAGGAAUAUUUAUAGGCAAAGACCCUAUAAAUUUGUUGAAAAAAGCUACCAAGAUCUCCGAAUCAACUUCCAGUAACUCAGAUAUAACAUCCAACGAUUUGAUACGCAAGAAGUGGAGGAUCGCAUCCCUUAAAGCUCAAGAUAUCAAAAACUCUAACCAAGAAUAAUAAAACUGUAAUCAGUGUGAAAUGCAAUUGAUGACACAUCUGUGAAAGCCAGAUGAGUAACUAGUAUGAUAAUCAAAUUGGCUGAUCAAGGUCAUGCAAGUUCAAAACUAUCAGUGUAACGACAGAAGACAAGGGCCAGCCAACAGAUCGUUUAUAGAUUUUUAUGUACAUUAUUAUUCAUUAUUGUUAGCACAAAAAUAACAUCUUCUGAUUGUUUUUUUUCCUGCUGAAGGUUAUUCUAUCAUCUCUUUGUUGCCGUUUCUUGGACAAUCCGGUGAUAUAUAUCUGCGAAUCGUAUCCGCCCACGCUAAGUCUACUGUGAUUGGUUGUUGAGUUCCUCAAGGUUAGGCUUUGUUCUUGUUUUUUCUCAUGACCCCGAUUUAGGUCGUAAACAUUGACGUAAAUUGCUGUCUACCAAUUUCGGCUAGCAGAGAGCUCUCACCACACUAGGACUAGAAGGUGUCUCGUCAUGAUAAGACGCAUUUUAUAAGCCUAAUAUAAGAUAAACGUGAACGAAAGCGACUGGCCUUAGAAAGUUAACACUUUUCACUAAACUUUGGAGUGUUCACUUACAAAAAUAAUUACCCUACAAACAUUUUAAUUUACGUCAGUAGGUGAAAUACGCCCAAAUGUGUUUGAAAGGAUGUGAAUUCUUCUAACAAAAUAUCGAAGAAGAAAGGUAAUCAGUAGUAGGUCAAACAAACCAAAGAAAAUUACCUUCUGUUGAACAUCCGUGAACA